CGUGUUUUUCUACAGCCUCGUGUCUAUUUCGCGUUUAUAAUGUCUUCACUCCUAUGAUACAUACUAGCCCCGACUCCGUAAGGGUAAAAUUAUGAUUUUAUAUAGUGCAUUUUUUUUUCAAUGAGAUCUAAACCUCGCUGAUUGAUCUAUUCGCUUAUAUAGGACAGUGCUAAUAAUAAUACUCUGCAUAUAAAGCAUAAUACAACGCGCGGAUUUAAUAAUACGUUUAUUUAAAUAUCUUGUUAUUUUUCUAAUAUUACUGGUUCGAUUAAAAAAGUGUUAGUGCUGGCAUGAAGUGUUUAAAAUUUAUAUGUUAUUUGUGUUGCAAAGGAUUUAUACUUUGUGACAAUUGAAUUAAACAACAGUUUUGGCGUUCGUUUCAUAACAGCCUAGACCGUAAACUUUUUACGAUUUAUAUGUAAUGAAAACAGCGCCGUCUAGCGAGAAUAAUUGGAAUUCCAUACAAAACGCCGUUAAAGUCAACGCUAUCGAGUUAGUAAAAUAACUCGCACUAAGCUUAGUGAUCUCCUGACGUGUUUAUAUUGUGAAUAAAAUGGAAAAAUAUCUUGGUAUAAGGUAUAAAUUAAAAAGUUCAGAUAAUUUCGAAGAAUACCUUAAAUUUAUUGAGGUGGGCUAUAUAUCUCGUAAGCUCGUCACUUCUCUGUACCCCGUGUGCGUAUUGACGAAGAAUGAAGACGGUAUUUACUCCUUAACCAUGAUUACCGCUAUACGAAAUGUAGUUACGACAUUUCAGCUUGGCGAAGAGUUUAUUGAAGAAAGGCCUGAUGGUGUCAAGGUAAAAUCUGUAAUGAAUGUCGAAGGAGACACUCUUGUUCAAAUACAAAUAGAAUCAAACGGUAGAAAAUCAAAACAUAUCAGAGAGUUCACCGACAAUCGUCUUACUGUGACAACAACGGCAGAAGGAUGGGACGGAACAUGUAUUCGAAUAUAUGAAUUAGUUAAAUAAGUUUAUUUUCUGGAGAAACGUCUAUUGGCGCGUCUUGUAUGCCGUGACGGCCAACGGCGUGAUGUUUUCUUAUGGUACCAUUUCCUCUCUCCGCCGCGCUCCACCCCUAUGCGUGUGCGUAGCACGUAUACUACAUACUUCUUUGCUGUAUAUUAUUAUUAUUUCAAUCAAACAAAUUGUAAUGAACGAAACUACGUUUUUAUUAAUUGGUUUUCUUUAAAUAUAAAUUAUUUCAACAACCAUUGAUGUCGUUGCCUCACAAGUGCCGGGAGUUCUUUGACGGUUCUUUUUUUUUAAAUUAUGAUCUGAUACUACUAAUUAUACUAGUAAUUAAUUACUUUAAAAAACUAAAGCUACAAAAGACAAUUCAAUGACAUAAAUGUAUUAAUGUAAUGUAAAAUUUUAUGUAUUAAGUGUUUUUUUAGUCACAAUAAUGUGAAUAAAAUUUUUGUACAAGUACUUAUAUGAUUGAAUAGAUUAUUGCUAAGAUUCCACACACAUCACACUAUAUGCUUAUAAUAUUUAUUUAUUAUGUUUAUUUAAUAUAUAAAUAAUAUAUAAAUAAUAAUCCUUAAAAUAAAUUUCAAUUAUAUUAUUUUAAAUAUUCAAAAGAAUAUCUAUCUUUUUAAAGAAAUUUCGACCACGGCGGUCUAUAACAAAACAAUAUAAGUGCUUAGAUGUUAUAUGGAACAAAUGUUUGCGCAAACUUAGACGCAUUCUUUCUCACUCUCAUAGUCCCGUACGAUUAAAAAUCUGAACGGCGAACCAACAAGAACAGUCUCAGGACCUUUAGAUAUUUUAUUCUAUUUUGUUACUAUGUUUUCGGUACAAUUUUUUUUAAGAUGGCGGCGCGUGCUGCGUUUGCAAUCUCGGAGUAUUAAUUCGAAUACCAUCUCUACUAAUCUAUCAAAUUAAAACUCCUUGACCUUAGGUCGUGAAAGCUCCAUUUUAUUCCUUGAUGGCUGGACUAUCAUGUCGUUUGCCGUCAUGGUACACGAUUCGUUCUUACGCCCAAAGCGUGGCUAUAGACGUUUCACGUCAUAAACAUAAUCAAACAGAAAUGUAAUAAAGAUUCAAAUAAUAAUAUUCACAUUAUAAUGUUAUCUAAUUUUAAAAGCAAUAUUCUGUUAUCUAAAUAAGGUUUAAUAUUAUGCAAAAUAGAUUAUAAAUUUUUUAAUGCUGAAAUUGACUUUUUCGUCUGUAUUUUUUUGAUAAGAUGUUGUAUUAUUGUAUUUGUUCACUUCUUGUUUAUCUGUCUAAAUUAAUUUUGCUUAUUCCUUCGGUAUGCUGAUAGAAACCUCCUCAAUGGAUAAGUAUGCCGUUUAUACUUAGAUCACUUUUUUUGUAUAUAAUAUUUGUGGUAGUAUAUUAAAGUGUUAAAUUAAAUUUAAAGCUUAAAUAAAAAAAAUUGAAAUUCAAGUGCCACCUCGGCUCUCUUUGAUUACAUUUAAAAAUGAAUUUAUUGUAAAAUAUAGGUCACAACUUCGAUUAAAAAUAUUUUAUUAGCACAUUUGAUAAACUUGCUACUUGUUAAAAAUAAGGAGUGGCAAUGUGACACUCCUUCACCUUAAACAAUAUCGGUCACCGUAGUUAUAAUCUUUAUCAUUAUAACACCAAUAUCCACAUAAACUCUUACCAAUUGAAAAAUACUGAUAAGGCAAACUGCAAGGAAAGUAAAGAAAUGUUUGCUUGGAACAUCAUUCAAUUUUAAAUAAUUGAAGGAUGCUUAAUAUUUUUCAAUGGACAUAGAACGGAUAUUGAUCUAUACUGAAUUUUAUUCAGCCUAUUGUCUUGUAUCCGAACGUUUUCGAAAACAGUAUAUUUUAAAAAUAAGUAUUAUUUAUUUGUAAGAAAAUAAUUCAUGUUAAAUGUGAAAAUAAGUUUUUUUUUAAACUUAAAUAAUCACUUGUUUUUGGUUAAUAUCGGUUAAUCAUUUAUAAUUAAAUUAAAAUAUUUUAUCUUAAAACUGCUUAUUUAUUGCAUUAUUUUUAUUAUAUUAAGCAAAAAUAACGAUACCGUUUUGUUAUGAGAGUGAGUUCCGAGAACUGCUACUUGUCAAAUUCGCCCCAAAUAUGUUUGAAUAGUUUGGUUAAAAAUUCGGAUAUUUAUACAGAUAUAUCUAGAUUAUAUUAAGCGAAUAAAUUAUACUUUCGCUACAACUAUGGGUGAUUAUUACUUCUAAUAUUUUUAUUAUUAUUUUUCUUAUUACUAUGCAUAUAAGAAAAACCGUCUGACUUUUUAAAUAAGUA